GAUAGUCACAUCACGCAAGUCUACUAACAUCUACUAAUAUCUAUGUCUACUAACCUCACUUACAAUCAAAUUGAUUAGUGCAAUAAUGUUGAUUAAUUCGACUCAUUUAUGAUUUGAUUUUUAACCGCCAUGAGUAAAAUUAAAGAACCUGAAGUAGGUACUAGUGGUUCUUCUGUUGAAUCCCAAAUAACUGCCUUAGCUCAGUCAAAACCGGAAGGUAUUUCAAAUGAAGACAUACAAAGUAAUCUACUAAAUGUAACUGCAGAAACAUGGACAAAAAGUGUGAAUAAACUUUUAAAAUCAGGUCUGCUUGAGUUGUUUAAGGUUAACAAUAAGUUACUAUAUAAAUACAAAGAUCCUUCAAAGAAAACUGUAAAUAAAGGCUCAGACAAUGAGGAAAAAGUGGUAUAUAGAAUUAUAGAAGAAGCAGGAAAUAAGGGAAUAUGGAUAAGGGACAUUCGCUUUAAGUCAAAUCUUAAUAUGACUCAACUCAACAAAGUUCUAAAAAGUUUGGAGGCCAAAAAAGCAAUAAAAGCUGUGAAGUCUGUUUCAGCUAGUAAAAAAAAGGUGUACAUGUUGUAUGAUUUAGAGCCAGACAGUUCUGUAACUGGAGGAGCUUGGUAUCAAGAUCAGGACUUUGAAUCUGAAUUUGUAGAUGUUCUUAAUCAGCAGUGCCAACGAUUUCUUGUUCAGAAACAAGAGGAAGCUCAAAAAUUAUGGGGAGGGCCCCUUAUAGCAAGAAAUCGCAGUUAUGUUUCAGCUAAAGAUGUUCACAAGUUUAUCUCUGAACUUGGAAUCAGUAAAGUUGCAUUGAAUGUUCAAGAUAUAGAAAGCAUUUUGUACACAGUUGUUUUGGACAAUAAUGCAGAAAGAAUUGUUUCUCCAUCAGGAGAAUUUUUAUACAGAGCAAUAAAAAGCUUCUUACCUUCUCCUGGACUUGUUAAAAGUACUUGUGGAAUAUGUCCUAUAUCUCAUAGAUGUGCAGAUUCUGGAUUUGUAAAUGCAAAAGUUUGUACUUAUUUAACAGACUGGUUGAAUGAAUAAUGUUGCUAAAACUAAUUAAUAAAGGGUUGUAAAGAAA